ACAACACAUCAAUCGUCUUCUUCAACAUGCAUACUGGAUCGAGUGGAGGCCAUGAUGCCUUGUCCAAGCGACGAGCCCAGUUCGCUGGCCCAUCAGGUAUCAAGGGUCUUAUGCAAAACUCACGAAUCUUCCUUCUUGCCGUCUUUGCUUCGCUCGGUGGUUUCGUCUAUGGANNUGUGAGUAUCCUCAUUGCACGAUGUGUCAUUGUUUUUAUUGACCAUCGCUUCAUAGACAACCAAGGAAUGUUCGGACAGGUCCUGAACAUGUCGUCUUUCAAGGCAACUGUCAACCCCGAAUCCGUCAAGAACCCAACUACCAGAGGUCUUCUUACUGCGUGCNNUAUUCUCGAACUCGGAGCCUGGGUCGGUGUAUUGAUCAACGGAUACAAUGCCGACAAGUUUGGUCGUAAGAUUGCCACCCAGAUUGGUGUUGGUGUCUUCAUGAUUGGUGUCAUCGUCCAGGCAUGCGCCAAGAACGUCGACUACAUCUACGGCGGUCGUUUCGUUACUGGUCUCGGUGUUGGUAUCUUGUCAAUGAUUNNCUACAACGCCGAACUCGCACCUGCCGAGAUCAGAGGUUCGCUCGUCUCGCUCCAACAGCUUGCCAUUUGUACUGGUAUCAUGAUCAGUUACUGGAUUGGUAUGGCCUCUCCCUCCCUUCUACAUUGGCCUUUCUCUGACCUAUAUACUCANGGAUACGGCACAAACUACAUCGGUGGCACUGGCGCAAGUCAAUCUAAUGCUGCGUGGUUGGUCCCUAUCUGCAUCCAGCUUUUGCCUGCAAUCAUCCUCGGAGUUGGUAUCAUGUGGCUCCCGCAAAGUCCCCGCUGGCUCGUGUCGAACGACCGUGAGGACGAGGCCUUGACCAUCCUCGCUGACCUCAGAAGAGCGCCCAGAGAUAGUGAAGUCGUCCAGCUCGAGUUCCUCGAGAUUAAAGCCCAGCACAUGUUUGAGGUCGACAGAUCAAGAGCGAAAUUCCCUCAAUACCAGUCCGGAAGCUUCUCGGAUAACUUCAAGCUUGGAUUCUACGACUAUGCUUCCUUGUUCACCAACAAAUCUCUCCGCAAGAGAGUCUUUGUCGCCGUCUUCACCAUGGUCUUCCAACANAUGUCAGUUUCCGCUCAUGAUCUCUUCGAUUCCUUCUUACUGACUGUGUCAUCAGGGUCCGGUAUCAACGCCAUUCUGUACUACGCCGCAUUCAUCUUCCAGGAUCUGAACUUGACUGGCAACACUAGUUCGCUUUUGGCUAGUGGUGUCGGUGGUAUUCUUCUCAUGCUCGCCACCAUUCCUGCUGUCCUUUACAUUGAUCAGCUCGGACGUAAGCCCGUCCUCAUCGCCGGUGCUAUUGGCAUGGGUACCUCGCACAUCAUCGUCGCCGCCCUGUACGGAGCCUUUGGAAACGACCGUAUCCAGUGGCGAGGACACGCAGCUGCUGGUUGGGUUGCCGUCGUCUUUCCUGGUGCAUGGGUCCUCGUCGCCGAAGUUUUCCCUCUCGGAGUCAGAGCAAAGGGUAUCUCGAUCGGCGCCUCGUCGAACUGGCUCAACAACUUUGCCAUCGGUCAAGCCACCCCCGACAUGAUUGCGUCCAUGAACUACGGCACCUUCAUCUUCUUCGGCAUCAUGUGUUUCCUCGCCGCCGGCUUCAUCUUCUUCAUGGUUCCCGAAACCAAGGGACUCACGCUGGAAGAGAUGGACGAAGUCUUUGGCGAUGAAGCCGGCAACGCCGCCGACGACCGCGCCCGCCUCGACAGAAUCUACACCGAACUUGGUCUCAUGGACGGUGGCGACCACCCCAUGAACAGCGAGAAGAUGGAUGGCGAGAAGGUUGCCGCCAUUGACAUCAUGAACACUGGCGCGUACAAGCACGUGAGCAAUGGCAUG